UUGCAAUAAGUGCAAGAGUGAAGGAUUAUUUAGAGUAUACAGAGGGCGAUUAACAUCGCAGUCGCCAUUUUGUUUAUUUUCACGUAAAAGUAAACGGGAUUUAUCAAAGCCCGUGAAUAAAAUAGCUAAAUAAAUAUAACUAAAAGUACUUUUGUGAGCCGUGUUAGGCGUAGUUACAUGACAACUGUGUGAAACUGCGUGACGAUACAUUAAAAGGUGGCAGCCACGGGGACAAUAACGAGUCAAAAAAGCAUCUAAAAUCUUGGCAAAAGAAGGGGAAGAAGAAUACGUACGCGCCCUAAAACAGAAACAGUAUUGUAGGACCGUGGAGGAGAGCAAACUCCAGGGUAAAAUAUAUGGUGUGGGCGUCCCCGAAGUCCGCGGGGGCAUAUUACGGCCGCAGAAAUUGGGCGAAUCGCAAGUAAGUACCAAACGUCGUCGUGUGGUAAAGCGACUUCACCGACGGGUCGUCGUAGCAGCAGCAGUGGUGACACCAUCGACGAGGCAAACGUUGUUGUCCUGGACUAUCACCAGCAUCACCAAGAUAAUUUACAAGAGCUUCAACAGCCGCAACAACAACUCCUACAGGAAGUGACUGAGACGGAGCAGUUAUCACCGAAGCUAACUCAGGAGAAAUCCUCAGCGACUCUCGAGUCGGCGGUGUUACAGCCGGAGAUAAAUAUUAUUCCCAAAGUCACCUCGACGGCGCCAGUCGUCCGCGAGGUACAGAGCUCCGACAAGACGACCAUCAACAUUGGUGUCGCGAUGAACCACGUUAAUGACCAGGAUAAUAAUACAAAGCAACAAAAGUUCAAACGUGCACUUGUUAUUGACAAUUUCGACGACUUAAUGGAUACACAAGAAGAAACACCAAAUGAUGGAGGAGGGGAUGGAAAUGAUUUACGACCAAUCAAUGGAGAACUAGAAUUUGAGUUAGCAGCAGUUGAUGAAAUGUCUAGUUGCAUUGGUUUAGAUCAAGAAAUGGAUGAAGACGAAGCACGAUCUGAAGCGACGUUUCGCUACACAGUAGAAAAUGUAUCAAAAAUGAAAGAAUCUCAGUUAUCACCACCAUGUAUUGUGAGAAAUUUGCCGUGGAAAAUAAUGGUGAUGCCGCGGUCAAGUCAAACUCAAGAAAGACAACCACAGCGAUCAUUGGGAUUUUUCCUACAGUGUAACGGAGAGAGUGAAUCAACGACUUGGAGUUGCUAUGCAGUUGCUGAAUUACGUCUCCUUUCAUGUAAAGAGGGCCAAGAACCUUUUAGUCGAAAAAUUCAACAUCUAUUUUACACUAAGGAAAAUGACUGGGGAUUCAGUCACUUUAUGUUGUGGCAAGAUGUGUUGGAUCCAGACAAGGGUUAUAUCAAAGACGACUCUAUCACGCUUGAAGUCCAUGUAGUUGCAGAUGCACCCCAUGGAGUUAGCUGGGACAGUAAAAAACAUACGGGUUACGUUGGAUUGAAAAAUCAGGGUGCAACUUGUUACAUGAAUUCUCUUCUUCAGACACUUUAUUUUACAAAUCAACUGAGGAAGGCAGUUUACAAAAUGCCAACGGAAAGCGACGACUCAAGUAAAAGUGUAGCCCUCGCAUUGCAACGAGUAUUUCAUGAAUUACAAUUUUCUGACAAGCCAGUUGGUACAAAAAAAUUAACAAAAAGUUUUGGCUGGGAAGCGCUUGAUUCAUUUAUGCAGCAUGACGUACAAGAAUUUUUGCGUGUGCUGUUGGACAAACUUGAAAGUAAAAUGAAAGGAACGUGUGUAGAAGGAACGGUGCCCAAAUUAUUUGAAGGUAAAAUGGCAUCUUUUAUUAAAUGCAAGAAUAUUAAUUACACAUCCACAAGAGUUGAAACAUUUUACGAUAUACAAUUGAACAUCAAAGGAAAAAAGAACAUUUACGAGUCAUUUAGAGAUUAUGUGAGUACGGAAAUCCUUGACGGUGACAAUAAGUACGACGCCGGUGAUCAUGGUCUUCAAGAAGCUGAAAAAGGCGUUGUUUUCCAAUCUUUUCCACCAGUACUUCAUCUACACCUCAUGAGAUUUCAAUACGACCCAGUGACAGAUUGUUCGGUUAAAUUCAAUGAUCGAUUUGAAUUUUAUGAUAAAAUAUCUUUGGGUGAAUAUUUACAAGUCGAAGAAUCAACAAAUGCAAAUUAUACACUGCACGCAGUUCUGGUUCACAGUGGUGAUAAUCACGGAGGUCACUAUGUCGUAUUUAUUAACCCAGCUGGUGACGGCAAAUGGUGUAAGUUUGACGACGAUGUGGUCUCACGAUGUACAAAGCAGGAAGCAAUUGAACACAACUACGGUGGUCAAGAUGAGGACAUGUCCAUGGCAGUGAAACAUUGUACCAACGCUUACAUGUUGGUCUACAUCCGCAACUCAGAGUUGGAGAAUGUUCUUCAAGAGGUUAAAGAAGAGGACAUACCUCAAGAGCUGGUGGACAGGCUACAAGAGGAGAAGAGGCUGGAAUAUAUACGAAGAAAGGAGAGAAACGAUGCGCAUUUAUAUAUGACCGUGAACGUCCUCCUCGAGGACAGCUUUGACGGUCACCAAGGCAACGAUCUCUACGACCCGGAGCGCGCGCUCUACCGCGUAUUCCGCAUCCGUAAACAGGCGACCCUCCAUGAGUUUCUAGAAUUACUCAGCGACAGUCUGAAAUAUCCUAUUGAGCAAAUCCGUGUGUGGCCAUUCAGCUCCCGUACCAAUCAGACAUGCAGACCAACAUUGAUUGAAGCAGAAGCUGAUCUCCAGAAGAGUAUGUCUAUGUGCGCUGAAAAUGCCAAUCCUUGGCCUGUAUUUGUUGAACUUGUUCCACCGGAUUCUGGUCUUACUGCCUUGCCGCCUUUCGACAAAGACACUGACGUUUUGCUAUUUUUCAAACUCUACGACCCGAAGAACAAAAAAAUUCAUUACGCUGGUCAUCACUACAUGCCGGUUACAGCGAAAGUUCAGGAACUUAUUCCUAUUCUAAAUGAGAGAGCUGGUUUUCCACCUGACACUGAGCUGGCACUUUAUGAAGAAAUAAAACCUAAUAUGGUGGAGAAAAUAGAAAACAUGACAGAAUCUUUGGAGAAAGUACUUGAGGAAUUGAUGGACGGUGAUAUUAUUGUGUUCCAAAAAGAAGAAAGAGAUAAUGAAAUGUAUGAAUUACCAACUUGCCGAGACUAUUUUAAGGACUUAUUCUAUAGGGUAGAAGUUACUUUCUGCGAUAAAUCAAUUCCAAAUGAUCCAGGUUUCACGAUGGAACUGUCUCUGAGAAUGACGUACGAUCAAAUGGCUAAGGCUGUAGCACAGAGGGUCGGUACAGAUCCAUAUCUGUUACAAUUUUUUAGAUGUCAAAAUUACAAAGACUUACCGGGGCAUCCGCUAAAGUGUACAUUUGAUGGCACUCUAAAAGAUUUGGUUGCAUACUGUAAACCAAAAACUAAGAAAAUAUUUUAUCAACAAUUAAGUAUUCGAGUUAAUGAACUUGAAAAUAAAAAACAAUUUAAAUGCAUUUGGGUUGGACUGUCACUUAAGGAAGAAAAAGAAAUAAUACUUUAUCCAAAUAAGAAUGGUACUGUUGCUACACUUUUAGAGGAGGCUAAAAAACAAGUUGAAUUAUCUGAAAAUGGUUCAGGAAAAUUGAGGCUAUUAGAAAUAAAUUGUAACAGAUUAUUACCGGGUCCAAAAGAAGAUGUGUCUUUGGAAAGUCUUACGACUAUUGGCACAAAGGCGUACAGGAUAGAAGAAAUACCUAAAGAUGAAGUUAAUCUUGCUGAAGAUGAAAUGCUCGUACCCGUUGCUCACUUUCACAAAGAUGUAUUCUCACCAUUUGGAAUUCCAUUUAUGUUUAAAAUCAAACAUGGUGAACCUUUCACAAAAGUCAAGGACAGGUUAUUGAAAAAAUUAGGCGUUCAGGAAAAGGAAUUUGAGAAGUUUAAGUUCGCGAUCGUGUCUAUGGGGAAACCACAAUUUAUCACCGAGGAAGCAGACUAUUACAUCAAUCUUGCCGAAUUCCGAACUACUUCCAGUCAAGCAUUGCAAAGGCCUUGGCUCGGUCUGGACCAUGUUAACAAAGCCCCGAAGCGUCCACGAAUCAACUACCUCGAAAAGGCCAUUAAAAUAUACAAUUAAAUAGCCGGCCUGUGUAAACGAACGAUUUGGUCCAGGCAGCUAAACCCUUGUUAUUUAUACGAAUCAUUGUAUAGUGGGCGCGGUAUUGAUGUCGUGAAUGAGAAAAAAAAUCUAAAAUGAAAAAAAAAUGAAAAAAAAAAAUCGAGCGUGGAAGAGAUUGGUGAACGAGAAUAAAAAAAGCGUACAAGAAUAUAUUGAACAUUGAAAAACAUACGAUAAAUUUUGCGUCUAAGUACACAAGUUAAAGUUAUAGUUGGUUUUAAAUUACUGUCGCUUUACUAAUAAGCUAAAUCACCGCAAUUUUGUCGAAUUUUUAAUGAUUAAUAUGCGAUCAUUAAAAAUAAAGAGCUAAUGAUUAAUUAAUAAAUAUAAAUAUCAAAAAAGUUGAUGUAAUUUUUUACAUGACUUCAAAGCGACACGAUUUGUGCAAAUCUUUUUAAAAAUUAUUGCCUAUGUUUUUUUUUUUUAUUUUAUUUCUUUCGUAAUUGUACAAAAGUCAACAUAACAGAUCGAUUCACAACUAUUAUCAAGAUCAAAUAUAUCGUAGCAGCAUCAUCAACAUUAUUACCACCACCGUCAUCAUGAUUAUUAUUAUAUUAUGAAGUCUUCAGCUGAUUUUUCACAGAUACAAAUACUGCGUUUGCUCCACGACAACAGUCUCAAAUUUUAAACACGGUUUGAUACAUGAAUUAAAAUUAAUUUCAAAAUAAUAUGACAAGUCGUUUUGGAGAAAGUAUAGUCGUGUUACUCAAAUUCAAUCGUGGAAUUACAUAAAAAAAAAAAAAAAUAUUAACUAUUUAAAU